AUGAGCGACCCGAUCGACCGCAUAGUCAAGGGCGCGCCUCCGCCCGAUGUAUCGGCGGAGCAAGUGGCUGCCAAUGCGAAGGCUUCAUCGACCUCGCACUCUAUCACUGCGCCAGUACCGCCGUCAUUGCCUGGACAUCACAACGACCCUCGAGAUGCCUUGCCGUCAAGUCCGCCACAAAUAUAUCUCAAUCUACUUAUUCUGGAAUCCUCCCUAAGACUGCAGUACAUCAGCCUGCGCGCCCGGCUGCGCAUGCAUCUAUUGCUUCUUAUUACCCUCACGGCGUGGAACCUCUCAUUCACCUACCUACUCUUCUUCCGACCUCGAGAAGAUGGCAGUGGCGUUGGGGGAAGCGUCUAUUGGGUCCUGGAGUCAGCGGAGAAGCUCGGUUGGUGCUCUGGCAUAGUCACCUUCUGCCUCUUCUUGGGCACUGGCAUGUACGAACGAGGCGUUCGAUGGCCGAGAAAGUUCGUGGGGACUACCAACCGUGGCUUGCGAGGCUUCAACCUGAAAGUCGUGGUGGUGAAGGGCUCUUUCCUUUCCGAAGUCCUCGGCUGGAUUGGGAUGCUGGAUCCGUUCGGAUGGUUACGAGAAGAUCGUGUCAACUUUCAGGUGAUACCAAAGGAUAUCGAGGCCAACGCAUCAAAAGAUCACUGGAACACUCACGCAGCGAAACAUGGCCUCUUGGAAGAAGAUCUCGCGCCCGGUGGGGAUGUUUUAAGAGUCUUGCUUUUGCCAAAGCCGUUCUCGCCCGACUUCAGAGAAGGAUGGGACACUUUCCGCAUGGAGUACUGGGAACGAGAAAACUCUAGGCGCACUUCACUUCGUGCGAUUGUGAAAGCUCGCCAGCGAGAAGUGGCAAAACGCGAAAGUGGAUGGCUGUGGUGGACAGGCUGGCGAGGUUGGCACAAUGUUCGCCUUGGUCUGUUCACAACCCGAAAGUCGCGACGCCAGCUUGAUCUCGACAAACUCGCGCUGAAAGAGAAGGUACCAGUACCAGUCAUCAAAGAGCGACGACAUAAAGAGAGCAUCCUUCGUGAUGGCUCGCAUUCUCGAAACUCCUCGCACUCGCGAGCACCGACCCCAGAUUCAGAGGCACGACACCAACGACGCGAACGCAGAGGCAGUAGUGCACACUCAACGAGCAGCACGGGCUCCACCAGGAGACCGCGCAAGCCGCCCGUCAAUGAGAAGAGCCGCCUCAGCGCGACGGAGACAUUGUUGCACGAUCAUCAAGAUUUGUCAGGACUGCAACCACUGUCGAAGAGGGCCAGUAUGGUCAGUAACUCGAGCACCGAUGAGGGCUCUGUCAAGAAGGAAGAAGGCGAUACCCCCAUCAUCAAACAGGAGCCCAUGUUCACAGAUGAGAUCAAAGCCGAGCCACAGGAGGCUUGA